ACUGCCAUCUUUGUUUGGUUAAAGAACUUUGGAAAAGUCAGUCUUAAAAUAUUCUCUCUUCUCAGACGGAUUUUUUUUUUCCUUUUUGUUCCAGUAGGACAGAAAAGACUACGAGAACAUGUCUUCAGAACCGCAAUCUCGGCUGAGACCCUGCAGUGACGUGUACGCAUGGCAGCUGAUCCGAGGAGGCUUUCUGUCUUGUUCUGAGGUCACAGAUCGUCCAAACCAGCAUCAUCUUCUGCCGGCCUGAGGGAGUCUGACUUAAAGACAGUGCACAGACCCUCCAUUCAAGGAGCCUGGGUGCUGGAAAAAGAGAGCGGGAGAGAAAAUAAACACGGCUUAAAAAAAAAGCUCUUCAUGAAUUCCCCAAAAACCUGAAAGGCAAAUAGUGCAAGUUGGCUGGCGGUCCUGAGGAGGCAUGUGGACAAUGAGCAUGGCUUGGCUCUGUCUCCCAGCCUUCACUGUCCUUCUUGUUGGUUGCUUUCAUACAGCUGUCACGGAAAGUGAUGUCACUCCACGCCUCACCUUCACCUACAAUGCAAAGGAGAGGACAACCAGAAGUUUCUCAGUCAGCGGGGUCUAUAACUUCACCUCCCUCCACCUCAGUAAAGAAGACGACAUGCUGUACGUCGGUGCCCGGGAGAUUCUUUUUGCUCUCAACCUAACUGAUAUCGGUGCAGUCAAGCUUCAAAGAAAUCUCACGUGGAAAACUCCAGAGAGGAAGAGAGACGAGUGCAGUUUCAAAGGCAAAGACCUGCAGACGGACUGCUUCAACUACAUCAAGAUUUUACUACGCAUGAACAGCACUCAUCUGUACACGUGUGGAACAUACGCCUUCAGCCCCACCUGUGCUUACAUAAAAACUGCAGACUUCUCCCUUGUCAGAAGUAAUACCGGUGAGAUUGUUACAGAGGAUGGACGAAGCCGCUGCCCAUUUAACCCUGAAUACAAGUCCACUGCCAUCAUGGCCGAUGGAGAGCUGUAUGCCGGUACAGUUAGUAAUUUCCAAGGAAAUGAACCCAUCAUUUACAAGAGUCUGAGCCAAGGAACUGCUCUAAAAACAGAGAACUCACUUAACUGGCUUCAAGACCCGGCCUUUGUUGGCUCUGCCUACAUACAGGAGAGCCUGCCCAAGGGCAACCUAGUGGGCGAUGACGAUAAGAUUUACUUCUUCUUCAGUGAAGCAGGAAAGGAGUUUGAUUUCUUUGACAACACCAUUGUGUCACGCAUUGCUCGCGUGUGUAAGGGCGACAUGGGAGGCGAGAGGGUGCUGCAGAAGAAAUGGACAACCUUCCUGAAGGCUCAGCUCUUGUGCUCUCUGCCUGAUGAUGGCUUUCCCUUCAACAUCAUCCAGGACAUGUUUGUGCUGACGCCCAGCCCUGAGGAUUGGAAGAACACCUUAUUUUAUGGAGUCUUCACGUCUCAGUGGUAUAAAGGUGCUUCAGGCAGCUCUGCAGUGUGUGCCUUCACUAUGGACCAGGUGGAAAAGGCGUUUAAUGGGCGAUACCGUGAGGUCAACCGAGAGACUCAGCAGUGGUACACAUACAACCAUCAGGUCCCAGAGCCCAGGCCUGGAGUGUGUAUCACAAAUGCUGCCAGGGAACAGGGCAUCUCCUCCUCGCUGCACAUGCCAGACAAGGUGCUGAAUUUUGUCAAAGACCACUUCCUGAUGGACAGCGUGAUCCGCAGCCAGCCUCUCCUCCUAAAACGGAACGUUCGCUACACUCAGAUCGCCGUCCAUCGAGUCCUGGUGGCAAAAAAGGCGUAUAAUGUGCUCUUCAUUGGCACAGAUGAUGGAAGACUUCACAAAGCCAUUAAUGUCAACAACAAGAUGCACAUCAUUGAGGAGAUGGUGCUCUUCCGUGAUUCCCAGCCAGUGCAACACAUCGAGCUGGACACUGAGAAGGGUCAGCUUUAUGUUUCCUCUUUCUCUGAACUGGUGGAGGUCCCAGUAGCUAACUGCACUAAUUACCAGAGCUGCGGGGAGUGCAUCCUCUCCAGGGAUCCUUACUGUGCCUGGAACGGCAGGCAGUGUGUGGAUGUGAGACAGGCGCCACCAAAAAAUACCUGGCAGCAGGAUGUAGAUGAAGCAGACACAUCAGUUAUUUGCAACAAGACAGUGCCAAGCCCACGGUUUGCUAAACCUCCACCUACACGAGUGUCUUCGUGCCAGGUGAUCAUUAUCCCAGCCAACACGUUCAAAGUACUGCCGUGCAAGCUGCGCUCUAAUUUGGCAGAGAGGAAGUGGGAGUUCAGUGAGAGCACAGGUCACUUCCAUUACCCCAGCCCAGAGGGGGGGCUAGUAGUAGUAGCUCAAGCUGACAGGCAGGAAACCUACGAGUGCUGGUCAGUGGAGGAAGGCUUCAAACAACUUCUGGCAAACUACUGUGUGAGAGGUGAGGCCAAGCAGGAGAGCACAACCCUGACAGGCCGUUCACGUACGCCACAGAUCUCCCAGGAGGAGUUCAUCAUCCUGCCAGGAGAGGCCCGCUCCCCGCAGAUCAACACUAAGACCUACUGGAACGAGCUGAUAGUGGUGUGUGCCCUCCUGGCGUUUUCCCUCGUGGUCUUCUCACUCUUCGUGGUCUACAGGAACCGCAACCACAUGAAGUCCAUGCUCAAGGAGGGGGAGUGCCCCAGCAUGCAGCAGAAAAAGCCGAGAAUAGUGGUGAAACCGGCUGAGAACUUGCCGCUUAAUGGCAACACAGUGACAACGUCGGCAUCAGAUCACAAGGGCUACCAGACCCUUAAUGACAACUACAUCUGCAGCACUCCACCGCACGAGUGCUCGUCGCCCGACAACAGCAAGAGCUUCUCUGAGUCGGAGAAGAGGCCUCUGCACAUGAGAGAGAGCCAUGUAGAGAUUUCUCCCGCAUGCCCACGGCCACGAGUCAGACUGGGCUCUGAGAUUAAAGACUCUAUAGUGUGAGGCCUGGCUUUGUGACAUAUAGAAGGACUCAUUUUGAACUGAAAGGAAAGUGGCGCACUUGCUGAGAAAGACAAAGCCCCGUAAGAGGGAAAACUGAGGAACAGACUCUUCAUGGAGAGACAUUUCAUUACACAGAUUUUGCACUUUGUCUUUUUUGUUUUGUUUUGUCCCUGUGGUCCAUGUGCAUUUCAUUUUUAUUUUCCCUCUCACUCCCUGUUUAUUCAAGUGCAUUCGAAGCGCACUGAAGAAGUUCCAGUUUGCCUUCAGCCUUUUUGACGCUUUCACGUACGGCUCACAGGAAUGUAACAAGCGUAGAGGUGGUGUCACAACGAUGAUUCAGUGAGUGAAUUUCACUGCAUUGCCGCUCAGUCCGUCCAUAAAAUCCACUGGUAAUGCUUUGAAAGGCAGAGUGAUACUCAAACAUGUUUCCACUAACAGCUGACACAGUGUUUUCUUUUCAUUCUGUCAUCUGGUUAAGAGCCUACCCCUUCGCUGAGGCUAUGCACUAUGUAUUGUUCUGUAGCAAAGUAAACACUCACACCAGAAUAUACACUAACAAUCCAGUGGCAGGCGAGAAAGAAAAAGAAGUCCUGUCAUAGAUUUUCUUUUUUAGAUAGCCAGUCAAGGAAGCACUCUCAUUGUUUAAACACAGCAACAGAGAAAGAAUUCUGGGAAGAGUUAUUGAAAAGUGAAAGAAUCACCUCAAGGAAAAUGUUGUAGAAACUCCUACCACCUCAGUCACUACACACCAAAAAUUAUAUAUAUAUAUAAAUAUAUAAAUAUAUAGUCAUAAAUGAAGUCACAUAAUGCUCUUUUUAAGUAUCGGUAUUAUUAGUCAAUACAAAUAUUCCUCUGUGGAAGCCUGACAGGGUUUUCUGUCACCAAAUGUGAUAAAGGGAAAAAAAUCUCAUUCCAGGUAUUAUCAUGCUGUUCUUCGCGAGAUAGGCAGUCUAUGCAAAGCAAAUAAUGUGAAGUGGGGUAAACACAGAGAAAAACCUCACCUCGAGACUGAGUAAGCACAAAGGUGUUGGCGCUGUUAAUUACUUUAGGAUCAGCAGCGCUGCGAACACACACACCCACACGCGCACUCACACUCGCUCUCAUUACACUAACUCUAAGUAUGCAAGAGAUUUUAGCCAUUUUUUGGUAAGGAGGACGAUUGGCCAGAGACAUUUUUAAUCAUCACUCUUUAAUGUUUUAAAUAUCUAUCACUAAUCUCAAAGGGGAAAAAAUAAAAUAUAACUUAAUACACCUAUUCAUAGUCUGAUUUAAAUAAUACACAUCUGUAUAGACUCAACCAUGAUAUACAUAUUAAUUGAGGACAGUUAAUGAUUUUAAAGGCAGACAUAAAGGCAAUAAAUUUCAUUCUCAUCUAGUGUUUAACAGGAAUCGUGCAUUUCAGUUAUCCUUGAUUAGCCAUCCCCUUAUCAGAAAACAAAACAAAGUGUAUAAACCACAUGAUCCACUAAACAUGAGUCAGAGGUUGGAGUAACUUGAAAGCAUUUUUCAUGUCAUAUAAUAUUAUCUAAGUCUUACUUGAGUUUGGAUCUAGUGUUGUAAAGCAGCCAGCAAAAUUUUUAAAAAUUCACGGAAACGCAAGAAGGCGUACCGCUCGACUCAGAAUGCAUAGGAUUUGCACAUGAUGUUGAAAAGCCUUAGUAUAACGCAGGUCAUGGGUUUGAUAACAAAUCUGCCUUGGGGAAAACGGAUAAUGCCUUCUGAUACAAUAAUCAAGAGAUGUGCCUCUUGGGAUAAUAAACUAACCAGUUAGUAGUGCUGUAGAGUCGAAAUGCGACACUGUAGGUGUGAAGGGACAGGCCAUGCUCGGAAACGAGAGUGAAGGCAUGGAAUACAUGUAAUUUAAUACUGUCAGCGUUGUACAGUAUGUGCUCAUGAGGUGUUUUGUUUUUCUUCUUUCUAUUUAAUUUGUUGUUACGGUGGCUUCAACCUCGGUCAGGGACUAAAUUUUACUCUAAAACUGUAGCACAUAAAUAACCACUGGCUGAUUUAAAAGAUAUUUAAUUAUAGAUACGCAUUAGUAUUAUGUUACAUUUCUUGUAAAUGGCACUGCGAAAAAAUGACUGUGUGAAUUUUACAGACUUGGUUGUCUAUAAUCAAUCAUGCAGUAUGAAAGAUUCAUGCUUUGACUGUUAUUAAAAACACAAAUGGCAGCUUUUGGUGAAGUGGCUGUCAUUGGAACAAUAUUAAAUUUUGCUAAGUGCAGAACAAAUAUAAACGUGGCAGUGAUUUAGUUAAAACAUGUGCAGGUACUGAACAUGCUUUUCUUUGAAUACAAGCCUAAACUAAUAAACGCCACAGUGGAAAUAUCCUCGUCUGCUCUCUCUUAAUAAACCACUAUAGUCUGGCCUUCUAUUUGUGACAGUACAAGUUGCUCAGACUCUUAUCAAUAUGUAUUGUAAGUUUAAAAAAAAAAAGAGUUUUUAUGUAAAAUUGUUUUGUAAAUUCAGCUGCCAAUGUAAAAAUAUUGUGAAUUGUAUUUUUUUGUAUCAUACAUCACUACUGUUUUGUUUUUUUUGUAUUGUAUAUAAAAAGCACUUUAUUUUAAUUUUUCAAAUAAAGAUCAAAUGGAUAAUUUUUUUA